AUGCUGGAGCUCACCUUCGCAGUCCGCCAGAGCGGCAGGGCGGCGCUGCUCGACGCGCUGAUGCGCACGUCGCGGCCCACCUCGCAGGAGUACGGCAGGCACCUCUCGCUGGAGGACGUCAACGCGCUCACGGCCCCGAGCCCCGCCCACCUCGAGGCGGUCUCCUCGUUCAUCAGGCGCCACGGCGCGGAGCCACGCGCGGCCACGCCCAACAGCGACUUUGUCACCGCCGUGGUUCCCGUGCGGGUCGCGGAGGUGAUGCUGUCCACGCGGUACGUGCGCCUCGUGCACAACCGCUCCGGCGCGGAGGUGAGCCGGGCGCCGUUCGGCUACAGCCUGCCCGAGGAGGUGGCCGCGGCGGUGGAUUUUGUGGCGCCCACGGUGCACGUGCCUGGGGCACGCGGGGUCCAACAGCAAGGCCCGCCAAGGCAUCCAUCGGUUUGA